AUGGCCAAGUUGUGAAGGUCAUUGCCUUCAAACAACUUGUGGAUUUAUUCAUGUGAGGAAGCUAUUCAGCUAGCAUAUAGAACAUUGAUGGUUCUACUAAGGUGCCCACUUGUGCUUAAAGUAAAGCAUGCAGGGACACCUGAGGUUUUCAUUCACCAUUAAAGCUGGAAAGUCGCCAUAUAACCUCUGCUGUGUUGUCGCGACGUAAUGCCCAACCAAAACCAAAUAAAAGUUAUGUGGAUGGUUCGCCUUCUUGGUGCUGUUUUAAUAACCCAAACAUUUGAAGUGUCUGGAAAAGUUUCAAGAUAUACGCUUGAUCAACAAAAUAUAUGUCAAUCAGCUAAUGUAUUCACCCCACCAUGGCUUCUAGAAAAUGAUGUUGUGUUAAUUAAUGCCAAAAGCAGCGUGGAAAGAAACAGACUGUUCCCAGAAUGUGUCAUAAAAUUAGGGCCUGACCCUGAUUCAACUAAAAAAACAGUGAAACUAAAAAUAGAAUCAUUCUAUAUUACAUCUUGUGGAGUAUAUCUAGCAGUGGAACAAUCACCGAGGACAUUUUUUGAUACAGAUGUUUCAACGCUAUUUAAUUUCUCGUGCCAUACAAAGCCAGCAUCAAAUUUAGAGUAUCAUGGUGAUGCUAACAACAAUAUAAAAAUAUUCCUACUCAAAGAAAACAGACAUUUGCUAGAUUAUAACUUCAUAUUGAACGUCACUUUAGUUGAUCAUGAGGAAGUGGCUGCAGGUAUAUCGUCAGCUGUUGUUAUAGGUAUCUGUGUGGUAGCUGCCAUAUUUCUGAUCGGAGCUGCUUGUAUAUCGUACCGGUGCUUAAUGAUAAAAAGAUUCUCGAAACAACAGUUUGAAACUGAUCAUGUGUUCCGACAAAGUAACCUGGCUCAUCAGAUUCAAGAUUUACCACUAGGGUCGACCAGAUACUCAAACCUCCCUUUAGGAGAAAUAGACCAAACCGGCAGUGUUCAUAGUCAAACAUGUAUUGUUGGUACACUAGGGACUGAUGGUUUAUGUACUGUUUGCCACAGAAAUCACGAUGAUUUUGCUCAUGUUGUUGAUAUCGGGCCUAACGGAGAAAUCAUAGAGUCACAUGACAGUCACUCCCACCCGCAUCAUCAGACAUCACAUAUAAGAUCUAGUGAUAGAGACAUUGUAAUACGUCCUGACAGUCGUACUUCAACACCCCGUACCAGACAUGUGCAUAAUGUUAAUUUAGGGGCCCAUAGACACAAUUCACCGCUUUCAGACUCAACGUCUAGACUCGCACCCCAAAUUCGUGCUAGUGGGUUGUCAAGUAGCGGUGAAUUAAUGGUCGAUGAUGAUGAUGACAUUGAUAUUGAUGUGAGCGGUAAUGAUUUAAUCCCACCCUCGUAUGAUUUAUCCCCCCCUUCAUAUGACGAGGCAGUGAAUAUGCCAAAACCUGAAGAAGAGUUACAACGGCCUAUUGCGGGCUUCAAAUUUAAAUUUAAUUUCCGAAACAGAUCCCCUCUUUUCAAAAACUUUUUAAAACUCUUUAAACCUAAAAGGUGUUAG